AUGCUCACUCCGGUGGCCCGAUCAUCCAAGCAUGCGGUGAAAGCCAUUGACCGUUCGUUCGCUCGAAUCUCUCUAUCACCACUUCCUUCACUUCCGUCACGUCAGGUCGUGCUCUGUUCCAGACGAUCAACUCACUCUAAGCGAGCGGUCUUCACCCUUGCGAACAAGACCAGUCGAAGGCACUUGAUCUCCGAGGGGAGCACUACUACUCCCCAGGAGGACGAUUCUACGAGUUCCGUGCCCAACGACUCCCCCUUCUACCUAGAGACUGGCUACUCGAUAUUUGCCAAACGCCCUUCUCGAGCGUUUCCUCCUCCGUUUGUUUCACUACCCUCUGGAUCUUUCUCAGAUCCUCUCACCACCCAUAAUCCUGUACGAGGUCGUCGACCUUUUGUCAAUGGAGUCCCGGUGAGGGGUGUCACCAAUGGUGAUGAUGCCAUCAUUAUUGGCGAUCACAACUUUCUCGCCGUCAACGACGGUGUGGGCGCAUGGGCACAGAAAGAGCGUGGGCAUGCUGCAUUGUGGUCACGUCUGAUUGCUCACUUUUGGGCCGUGGAGGUGGAAAAGACCUUCGUGGCUGGUGGUAAAGAUGUGAAACUAGAGGAUCUCAACCCCAUACAGAAUCUGCAAGUCGCAUUUGAAGAGACGAAAGUCGCCACUCGAGGAAAGGCAGAUGCAAUGCUGGAGGGCGAAGAAAUUGCCCGAGGUGGACCUCCGGAGGCUGAUAAGAAAUCCAGGUCCAAGGAGGCAAGUAAUUCGAAAGAUGCUAGUAGUAACGACAUCUUGGGAACCACCACCGCUUGCUCGGCCUUGCUUCAUUAUAAACCUUCGACCCCCGAACCAACUCCUGUUGUUCUAGCCACGAGUCUCGGGGAUUGCAAGGUUCUUAUCGUUCGCCCUUCCACCUCGAGCGUGUUGUAUCAUUCCAAAGAACAGUGGCAUUGGUUUGACUGCCCUCGACAGCUCGGCACCAAUUCCCCUGAUACACCCACGGGUAACGCCGUGACUGAUACAGUACCAGUUGAAACGGAUGACCUUAUAGCUGUCCUCAGCGAUGGCGUCACGGACAAUCUAUGGGAACAUGAGAUCUGCUCGACAUUGUGUGACAGUGUUGCCAAAUGGAAUGCAGGCGAUGCAGAGGCAAAAGAUGGCAUCGUCUAUGUCGCCCGCACUCUCAUGAAUGCUGCCCGGGAAAUCGCUCAAGAUCCCAAUGCUGAAAGUCCUUACAUGGAAAGGGCACUUGAUGAAGGUCUCCCGGCUGAAGGCGGCAAGUUGGACGACAUAUCGGUGCUGUUAGGCGUCGUAAGGAAGAAAUGA